AUGUCUGAAAGUCUGAGAAGUCGUUUGAUAAAUCCUACUUAUCAAAAUAAAUUUAUUAAUCAAUUAGAACAACAAUUUACUAAUAUUACACAGUUAUUAUAUACGACUAGUGUAUCAUGUACUGAACUUGAUCGAAGAGUAUUACCCUAUAUUGCUGAUGAUAUUAUUUUUAAAGAUCCGUGGCAAGAAGGUAGCAGUAAACAACUCUAUCGAAUUGGAAUGAAGGGUUUCCACAAUAUGUUUCAUUUUACAUUUGAUAUAUUUCAAUUAAAUGUUAAAUUGAAUAAUGAUAAAACUACAGGUCGUUGUAUUGUUGAUGGUAUUAUGAAUUUAGAACAAUUUUCUUGGAUUUAUACAUAUCCAUUACGUUCAAUAUUGACUUAUGAAUUUCGUUUAUUGAAUAAUGAAAAUGAUGAUGAACCACAAUUUGAAAUAUUUCGACAUGAAGAAAUGUGGUCAGUGGCAGAUAUGAUUGUUGGAAUACCUGGUGUUGGAUGGUUAUAUCAAAAUAUUUUUCGUCGAGGAUUUGGUUAUUUUUUUGUUGGUCUUUCAGCAUUGAGCUGUUAUUUUCAUGAUCAUAGUAUCAAAACAAAUAAGAAGAAAGAAUAA